CGUGUCCCGGGGCAGCUGCCCUGGCUGCCGGGACACAGCGCGCCGAGCGUCCGCACCCUCCGCCAGUCCCCCCGCCAGCAGGUCACUCGAGAAAGAUGAAGAUAUUUAGCAUCUUUGCAUUCAUGGCCUACUGCCAUUUGCUGAAAGCAUUUACGAUCACAGUUUCCAAGGACCUGUAUGUGGUGGAGUACGGCGGCAAUGUGACCAUGGAGUGCAAAUUCCCGAUAGAAAAGCAGUUAAACCUGCUUGCACUAAUUGUUUACUGGGAAAUGGAGGAUAAGAAAAUUAUUCAGUUUGUGAACGGGAAAGAAGACCUGCAAGUUCAGCACAGCAGCUACAGCCGGAGGGCCCAGCUGCUGAAGGACCAGCUCUUCUUGGGGAAGGCUGCGCUUCAGAUCACAGACGUGAAGUUGCAGGAUGCCGGGGUUUACUGCUGCUUGAUCGGCUACGGCGGUGCUGACUACAAGCGGAUUACUUUGAAAGUUCAUGGUAAGAGUACAUACAGGGGAAGAGGCCCAGUCUUUAUGAAAACCAUAACCCAGUGCUGAGCACUUUUCCUUCUUGGAAGUCCACCUUGCUCUCCACAGUGGCAAUCUGCACAUUCAUUCAUUCAUACACCCCUCCAAUGAGCAUUUCUCAAACACUUCCUCUUUGGUAGUCCCUGGAGAUCCAGAGCUGGACAUGGUAGGACCAUAUUCCACAGUAUGUUCGGUUCUCCUAAAAAUAAAUUCCUAGUCUUUACUUUUUUAUUCUUAUGAAAGUGAUACAUGUACUUGCAAAUCAUUCAGACACUAUGGAAGGGAAUAACAUGAAUUACAAAAGUGUCCUUCCCCCUUCACUGCCGCCCUCCAUGGCAUGUCAAGAUAGUAGCCAUUGUUUGUGUGUCCCUCCAGGAAUUUUUUCAUUCAACUAUAAUUUUUUUAAAAUUUUAUUAAGUCUGCCAUCAUUUUCCUUCUUUUAUACCUCUCUAUGUCAAAUCCAAAUUAAUAUAGUAAAAACAAACCCCACUGUGAGGUUCACAUUCAAAAAGUCUUGAAGUCAAUCUAUAAAGGCAAAAAAUAAUAUCAAACAUAAAGGAAACUGUUCUUUAGAGACAGUAUAAGCUGUGCUCACUGGGCAUAUAUUCAUCUUGAAAAUCUACACCGCUGUCAUCUUGGAGUGUUGUAGAGGAACUGUGAGUAUCAAAUUCCCAGGUACUGACCCACAAAUAUGUCAUCAGGUCACCUGCGUUCAAAGUUUUGUGUUGCUACUAGAUAAGAAAAGGAAAACACCUUAGCUGACCCCCUCUACUUUCACUGUUAAGACUCAUAGAAUUGAGAGAUGAAAGGAUCCUAAGUAAGAGCAGCUAAUCCAAACUCCUGAAGAACAGAAAUCCCCCUAAGGGAUCUUCUGCUCACAUACUUUCCACAGUGACACCCGGUCACUUGGACCUCCCUUCCAUAGCCUUUUGAAAUUAUUUUCUGAAACUGAGCUGAUAUCUACCCUCUCUAGUCAUAGUUUUGAGAUUAUCUGCCUGCUUAUUUUGUUUACAUGAUGACCUUUGAAUUUGUGAUCAGAAUCCAGUCAUCACUCCUUGUUCUUUCCAUUCUGGCUUAACUACCUUCAAUCUGAAGAUCAAUAUUACAAGUAGAAGAAGUUUACAUUUAUCAUAAAGGGUUAAAGGAUCAUUGUAAACUCAGUCAAAAUUACAGAGCAACUGGGAGAAAUGCAUCUCUUUUAAUGGCACAUUACUGGGUUUCUGAUUCUGGAUCAAUUAAUGCUACUGUGGUUAAGAAGAUGUCACUUGUAUUGGGAAGUAGACUUAAUUUUCAUUAUAUUUUGCCAUAUACUUCUCCACAACAGUGAUAUUUAUGAAAGCAAGCUGGUGGAAUCCCAGUUUGGGAUUUUCAACUUUUCUCCAGCCCAUCAGCAAAUAUCAGGCACUGACUGUGUUUCAGACUUUCAGACUCCCAGUAUUUAUACCUCCAGAGUGUGUAUGAAGUUGUAUAUUGACUUCAAAACUACAGUGAGCUUUUCUUGGUCU